CACCUGGCCUGUCACCUACCACCUGCCACCAGCCACCUGCCACCCAAGGACCUUGCCAACCCGUUCGAUUGCACGAGCACGCUUUAUGCAUCCAUCCUCUCCUCACAUGCCCUCCACCCGUCUUGUACUGUGCUUGGAUCGUGUAGUCAGCCAGCUUUGAGUCAACGCAGCCGAACCGACUCCACCAGACCACCCCCAAAAGCUUCUAGUGACCGACUGACUGGAAUCGAGACGGCAACCUCACUGCCGUACCAUUCGCUCGCCUGUCCUUGUUGAUCCAGCCCACACACCCUAUCGGCUCUACUGGCCUGGUUUUUUUUCUCUCUUUCCUUUCUCGGGCUUUUGACCUGACCGACGUUGUCUUUCUGCUCCUUUUCUCUUUUUUUUGCUUUUUGCUUCUACUUGACGAGGAUUAGAAGGGUGAUGCCGUAUGCCUUUCUCAAGUCCAAAGAGCAACUCCAGGCUGCCGUCUAACAUCCCUCUACGAACCCUUCCUGACUCCUCUUCCGGCUCUCGGUUGCACAACUCACACGAUACCGAGGAAUCGACGUCAUUUCUCCGGGCAGAGCACGGAGCAGGCGCAGGCAGCUCCUCGUUUUCCGGCUACCGCGUCGACAGGCCCGGCUCUGAUUCAGAGGACGACACCGAUUCCUGGAUCGAGACUGGAGACAUUGGCGAGCAGAUCGACGUCGAGGAUCCGCUACGCGCAAGGCUCAACGACACACUCGACGAGUCUGUCCUCGCUGGCCUGAAGCCUCGGCAUCUCCACGGCAAGCAGGACGGUCCUGGGAGCAAGAAGGAGAAGAAGCGCGUUCGUAUUCACGACGACGCCACAUACUAUAAUCAAGACGGCUCCCACGGGCACAUCGGCGUCGUCAACAAGGAGGCAAUUGAGGUCCCAGAGGUGGUCUCUCUCCAGCCGUCCAGAGCGCAACGCUUCGUAACCGCCAUCAUGCCGGGCUCAAGUAAAGGCUUCACGGGGAAGCCCCUCAUUUAUUUCACGAGUAUAUUUGUGUCAUUAGGUGUUUUCCUUUUCGGAUAUGACCAAGGUGUGAUGUCGGGCAUCAUCACGGGCCCAUUCUUCCGUCAAUACUUUAACCAGCCCUCGAGGGCCGAGAUAGGAACAAUGGUCGCCAUUCUCGAGAUUGGCGCCCUAAUAUCCUCGCUGCUCGUUGGAAAGAUAGGAGAUAUUAUCGGUCGGCGGCGGACCAUCCUCUACGGGUCCAUGAUCUUUUUCGUCGGAGGCGCCCUACAGACAUUUGCGACGGGCAUGCCCAUGAUGAUGCUUGGCAGAAUCAUUGCUGGUCUCGGCGUCGGUUCGCUGUCGACCAUUGUCCCUGUGUACCAGUCCGAGAUCUCGCCGCCCCAUAACCGCGGAAAGUUGGCGUGUAUUGAGUUUUCUGGCAACAUCAUUGGAUAUACUACAUCCGUCUGGGUAGACUACUUUUGCGGCUUUAUACAGAGCGAUGCCUCGUGGCGAGUACCACUGUUCAUGCAGUGCAUCAUGGGCGGCCUGCUUGGCCUUGGAAGCUUGAUCAUUGUUGAAUCUCCAAGAUGGCUGCUCGACAACGACCACGACGAGGAAGGCAUUGUGGUCAUUGCUAACUUGUACGGAGGUGGUGAUAUUCACAAUCCUAAGGCGCGUGAUGAAUAUCGAGAGAUCAAGAUGAACGUUCUUCUGCAGCGACAGGAGGGGGAGAGAACCUACAGAGACAUGUUCCGCCGGUACAAGACGCGCGUCUUCAUUGCCAUGUCUGCCCAGGCCCUCGCACAGCUGAACGGCAUCAACGUCAUUUCCUACUACGCCCCCUAUGUCUUCGAGUCUGCGGGAUGGAUUGGCCAACAAGCCGUGCUGAUGACUGGCAUCAAUGGCAUCACCUACUUCCUGUCUACCAUUCCGCCGUGGUAUAUUGUCGAUACCUGGGGUCGCCGGAUCAUCCUCCUUUCUGGCGCCGUCGCCAUGGCGAUCUCACUCUCCCUGAUCUCGUACUUUAUCUACCUCGACAUCAGAGCAACGCCUACACUGGUGGUCGUGUUUGUCAUGAUCUACAAUGCCGCAUUCGGAUAUUCAUGGGGUCCUAUUCCUUGGCUGUAUCCGCCCGAGAUUCUCCCGCUCAGCAUCCGGUCCAAAGGUGCUUCGCUGUCGACUGCCACGAAUUGGGCUUGCAACUGGCUGGUGGGAGAGAUGACGCCCAUCUUGCAGGAAUGGAUCGAGUGGCGUCUUUACCUCGUGCAUGCUUUCUUCUGCACGGCUAGUUUCGUCAUUGUCUACUUCAUUUACCCCGAAACAAGCGGUGUCCGACUCGAGGACAUGAACUCCAUCUUCGGCGAUGCGACGACCACAAUCGGCACGCCCGCGUCCAUGGGUACACCUGCACUGGGCCCGCAAGACGAUGCUUUCGGACGCGCAGCCUCACCAGUGCCCUCGCUCGAUAUUCGCGGCCGCUCGCUGCUGGCGCCGCAGAACAAUUUCCCUGGCCUCGACAUCGACCCGCCAAAUGUCAACUUUGUUAAUGGGCGGCCACAGUACGAGCAAGGCCAGACGGAGGGCGGUGUUGCUGGUUGGAUCUCACGGGUAGUCGGCAGAUCACAGUCCCGUGCGCGCUCCGGCAGUGUGUCGAACCGCAACGGCCGCUAUGCGCCACUGGAUAACGAGGAGGACUGA